AUGGCCCCCAACGGGAGCAUCGGCACCCACUGCUACCACACUCCGCCUUCCAGUCCUUCGGUUCAGCAGACCUCUUCCUCGUCCUCUUUCACACCUGGCGAUCCUUCGGCUGAUUCAAGCGGCGCUACUGGAUGCCCCGUUUGCGCAGCUAGAAUGGAGGAGGAAAAGGAUGCCCUGAAGACCAUGCUACACGGAAUCAAGGUCUGGACUCAGACCAAAAGCAUGCGUGAGCUGAUCCCGACCCCAAACCGGCACGGAUUUCCGGUGACUGGCGACGACAUCAACCCCGACAUCAUUCGUGGCGCGUACAGGCUGGCUGGUGAAGUGCUCGACAAAUGCAGGUUCCGUCUCUUUCUUCGCAAAGCGGUCAAGGAGAGAACAGGGAGUAAAGACAACCCUGCUGAAUUCAUCGACUACGACAGGGUACGGCUUUUGAGCGCUCAGGAUGAGGCGCUCCAGGGGCAACGCAAGGAGUACGAGGAUAUCUUCGCUAAAGGUGUUGCUCAGGGCCGUGAUGAGGCCUAUGAAGAGGGCUACAAGGAUGGUAGGAACAGUCUUUAA